AUGGGUGUGUUAGAUUAUCAAAAUCACCAUUGGCCACUCCAGAAUGCAUCAUCUCGAGAGGAAGACAUUCGGUACUACAAUGUAGUGAAGUCCAUGCGGUUGGAAUUCGAGGAAACAUUGUCCAAAGGUAUUGCGAGUGUGUUGAAGGAGGAAAUAUUGAAAAAGGAAGGAUGGAACAUGGUAGAGAUUGCCCAGCACAUGAAGACCUUUCUCGAAGUGGUGGAAUCAAACAAGUUUCCAGCCUCUGAUGAACCCUCUUAUGUGGUCUUCAAGUUGUUAUGCCGUGCAUUCUUGGUGAAGAAUGUCAGAACCAUGGAGCAGUCCAAGGACACACAAAAGCAGAACAGUAGAUGUACCCGUGAGAGUGCACACAAAGCAUUGAAGAAAAAACUCCUGCUCCUACGAGAUAUCUGCCUUCCAAGAGACUUGACAUUGAUGUAUCUGGUGAUUAUCCAGCGCGUAACCGAAGCUUGCCUGAAGACCUAA